AUGCAGUCCCAACAGGCGCCGCCCAUGCACCCGGACGAGUACCCCGACAUCCAUCUCCCGUCGCAUCUUCGAAUCGCCUUCAUCCACCCCGACCUUGGCUUGGGUGGAGCAGAACGACUCGUCGUGGAUGCGGCUGUCGCGCUGCAGAAGCGAGGUCACGACGUCGAGAUCUUUACGAGCUACCACGAGGACGGCGAGAAGGGGCGGAGCUUUGAGGAGACGCGCAAUGGCACGCUCAAGGUGCACGUCCUCGGCAACUCGAUCUUCCCCCGCUCCAUCCUCGGCAAAUUCACCAUCGUCUGCGCCAUGCUCCGCCAGUUCCACCUCGUCUUCUCCUUCCUCCUCGCCUGCCUCCUCUUUCACGUCUCGACCGUCCCCCUUCUCUCCCUCUUCCUCGCCCCUAUCGACAAGCCGUUCAAAUCCUCCUCCGACUGGUCCAUUCGUCGCCAGCUCGAACCGUUCGACGUGAUCGUCAUAGACCAGCUCUCGACCUGCAUUCCGAUCCUGCGAUGGUUCGGACAAAACCGCGUCGUCUUCUACUGUCACUUUCCCGACCUGCUCCUCGCCAGCGGUCCGCACGGCACCUCCGCUCCUCAUGACCCGCGCGCCGGACGUCCCUUCUCAUUCGGCAACGAGCUGCGAUCGUUCUAUCGUAUCCCUAUCGACCUUCUCGAGGAAGAGACGACCGGCCAGGCGGACAAGAUACUCGUCAACUCGCAAUUCACAGCGCAGGUCUUUGCCCGGACGUUUCAGAACUUGCGGCGGAUACCCCGGGUCGUUUAUCCCGCCGUCGACGCCUCGCAGUACGGUGGCGAGGUGCAGGUGGAGGAGAAGGACAAGUGGUUGCUCAGCGACAAGCCGACACUCAUCUCGAUCAACCGCUUCGAGGGUAAGAAGGACAUCGCGCUCGCCGUCGAAGCAUUCGCCAGAACUCGAGCAACGCACCCGAACUUGCGGCUGAUUUGCGCCGGUGGCUACGACCCUCGGCUGGGCGACAACGUCAAGACGCUCUCGUCGCUUCAGCUACUCGCCGCCAAGCUCGAACUGUCGCAACAUACAUACUCGGCGUCGGAGCUGCCUCGCGUCGCCUCGCCUGUUCCGCCGCGCUUUCGCCCGACAAUCGCCAACACGCCUCCCGCUUCUGACGCCGCCUUCCCCGACGUCGUCUUCCUCCUCAACGCUACCUCGUCGCAAAAAACUCUCCUCCUCUCCGCUAGCCACACCGGCACCGUCGCGCUCCUCUAUACCCCCAUGUUCGAACACUUCGGCAUCGUCCCCAUCGAAGCGAUGGCGAGCGGAAUCCCCGUCGUCGCAACCGAGACGGGCGGGCCGACCGAGACUAUCGUCGACAAGGGCUUGCCAUCGCCUGACGAGGGCGACUUGGCGGAAUCGGAUCCGCGGAGGGAGACGACCGGUCUUCUGCGACCUCGCGACCCAGCAGCCUGGUCCGAUGCCCUCUCGUCUCUCCUCGCCCUCACGCCCUCCCAGCGCGCCGUGAUCAGCUCAGCCGGACGUCAACGCGUCAAAACCGCGUUCGGAACGGACCGGCUAGGCGAGGAGUUUGAGCGGACAUGCAGAGACGCUGCGAAGAGGGGAUACCCGAUCCCGUACGAGGUCGGCUACAAGAAGAUGCUGGCGUUCUUUGGUAUUGGUGCGUUCGUGGGUGGGUUCGGCGUGUGGGCUUUCGUCACGGGAGGCAUACCGGAGACGGCGAUGUAG